AUGAUUCUAUCUAAAACCAUUCUGGCUGUGACCGCAGUCCUUGCACUCGCUGAAAUCUCGCAUGCCUCGACAGCUACAAAAAGUCUUGCUAAUGCGAAGAAAACAGUGGAAGAUAUAAAGAAAGGCACCAUCCCAGCCUUUGCUCGCAAACCAGAAGUGAUUUCGAAACCAUCAACGAUCAAGGUUUCCAAGAGUACUACUGUUGGCUUCGGAGUCUUGCUUGCAUCUACCGCUGGAUUGAUGAAUGGAGCCUGUCUCUCAGGUCUGAUUUCAGGAACGGGUCAGGCAACAACCGCUGUUACAGGAGCAUUGACAAAUGCCGGCGCUGGAUUUUCAUCCGGGAACAAUGCAAUGUCCAUCGCAUCCAUCAAGUGUCUUCUUAGCUACAUUGUUGGAUCUGCAAUCGCUGGAGCCUUCGUUCCUCGACCAGUGGCAUUUGAACUGAGAAAUCCUGGAAGUGCAGCUCUCUCGUUCGUGUGUGCAGCUAUCUCUUUGCUCAUUGCGGCAAUGAAGGCCAAAGCAGGUGAUGGGACUUUUAUUUUCUUCAGCUUAGCUGCCAGCGGUAUUCAAAACAGUAUGACAUCCACAUUUUCAGCUAAUCUGUGCCGAACCUCGCACUUUUCUGGGACAACAUCUGAUAUUGGAACUUUGCUCGGUCAACUCUUGAGAGGCAAUGUUGAAAGUUUGCCAAAAUUGAAAGUUCUAAGUCUCUUAUUCCUCUCCUUCUGGGCGGGCGCUUUCGUUUCCGUCCCGCUGGGCAAGGCCUAUGCACAUAACACCUUCUUGAUUGCCGCAGGAAUCUACCUUGCUGUGGCGUCCGCUAUUGCAAUGAGCUCUCAAACUCGCGUAAAGACCGAAUAA